CAACGACAUUAUGAACGCAGUAACAAUCCACAUAUGAAAGGACAUAAUUCCUCUUCAGAGAAAGAAGCUUUUAGAGCAAUAAUUGAAACACUGGAUUCCAGAUGACAAAUCUAUAAGCACGCUGGCAUCGUUCUCGUGCUGCCAUGACGACCAGCUGUUGCAGCCAAUUUCCUGAGGUGUUAAUGGAGCAUUCUGACACUGCGCUUCUGAGAAACUCUAAUGGUCAUGAGUCUGCACCCAUUGGAAACCUGGACUUUUCUGAACCCUCCCUUCCAGGAAAAGCUAUGGACAUUGAAGCUAAUCAAGGCAUCGAGGAGACACAGUACUACAAGCAAUUGUCAACUAAGGAUGGGUCACUCAUAAGCAAUAUAGCAUUCUCCAAACAGAGCACUCUGGCAGAUCGGCCCAUGUGUAGAAUCUGUCAUGACGGAGGGGGGCAGGAGGAGCUACUCUCUCCUUGCGAGUGUGCAGGGACUCUGGGUACCAUCCACCGCAGCUGUUUGGAACACUGGCUCUCAGCCUCCAGCACCAGCUUCUGCGAACUCUGCCACUUCCAGUUCAGUGUUCAGCGUAAAGCACGACCACUCCUGGAGUGGCUGCGUAACCCUGGGCUGCGUCAGGAAAAGAGAACACUUUUUGGAGACAUGGUGUGUUUCCUGUUGAUCACACCACUGGCCACCAUCUCGGGCUGGCUGUGUCUGCGGGGCGCUGUGGAUCACCUGCAAUUUUCUAGCAGACUGGAAGCUGUGGGUUUGAUCGCUCUCACUGUGGCUCUCUUUACCAUUUACCUCUUCUGGACCCUGGUGUCGCUCAGGUACCACUGCCGUCUCUACAACGAGUGGCGACAGACCAAUCAGAGGGUGGUGCUCCUGCUUCCCAAGUCCCACAGCGAAUCCAUAGGAAAUCAGUCAGUGGCAGGCUUGCUGAGUGCCAAACGGCCGUCUAAAGAGACCAUAGUCUGACUUGAUGACUUUUGAUGCCAUGUGGAUUCUUUUAAAAAGGAUUGCCCUGAGAAGACUUGCUGCCUGAAAGGAACGUCCAAGGACGACGAGGAGCAAGCUGGAAAUGCAUGGUGACUUUUGAGUGACUGGUGGAACACCAGUGACACCCUAAUGAGGAAAAGAGCUGCUGUUUUGACGUUUGAAGAAAAACAGCUGGCUGUAAUCUUGCUUUUCCAUGUUAGCAAGUUGCUAACAGUUCAGUAUGCUAAUACAUUGUGCUAAUGAGGGAAAUAUGAGAAUCAGUAUAAACUAGGACUACAUAUUUUCCAGCCAUUGACAUGUUAUUAGUAAAAUGUGUUUUUUGUAGUUGGACUUCUAUUUCUUUUGUUUUUUUCAUCUUUGGAGAUAUGAUGGAUCGUUUGUAUUAUAAUUUAUUCAUUCAUCUUUAUUUCGGUCAGGAUUGCAGGAGCAAUGAGGAACAGAGCUGCUGUUUUCACGUUUAAAGAAAAGCAGCUGGCUGUAAUCUUGCUUUUACAUGUUAGCAAGUUGCUAACAGUUCAGUAAGCUAAUACAUCGUGCUAAUGAGGGAAAAUGAGGAUCAGUAAAACAUUUACUUUUACGGCAUUUAGCAGAUGCUUUUAUCCAAAGCGACUUACAACGUGCAGUCUUAGCAAUUGAGGAUUAGGGGCCUUGCUCAAGGGCCCAACAGUGGCAACCUGGUGGUGGUCGGGCUUGAACCAGCAAGAUUUUUGAUUACUAGUCCAGUAUCUUAACCACUAGACUACAAGUGAAAACUAGGACUAAAUAUUUUCCAGAGAUAUGAUGGAUUAUUUGUAUUAUAAUUUAUUUAUUCAUCUUUAUUUCGGGCAGGGUUGCAAGAGCGUCCUGGCAGGUAAAGUUGAAAAUUUACCCCGUGUAGGGUAUCACACUCACAGUUCACACUCACUCACUCAAACCUAGAGUAGCAAAUUUUGGACAACUGGGUUAUCUCUGGGUACUCAUGUUACUCCCACACAUAAUAAGGAUUAAACUCAAGUCCUUGAAGACCCACACUUGCUUCUCCACUGUGCCUCCCUGGAUAUGGAAUAUCUAAGAACAUUUUUUGCUGUUCGAUUCAUUCUGCAUUUUCCUCAAAUGCCAUCAAUGCCAGUUGUACCACAUCUGGUGUAACUUCUGUGGCCAAACCAGAGAGCCUGAAGAGUGCUAGCGUUUUCUUUUUGUACACAUAUGCUUACAGAUAAGCAAGAUCGGCUUAGUAUUACUCUGAUCUGUAGCAGAGCUACAACGAUGUCUGUAUUUCACAUGAAAGCAGUGCUGAUUAUCUUCUCUUGGAAUAAUAGCCAUGCCUAAUUAUGACAUCACUGAGAACAGCCAUGCAUAAUUAUGACAUCACUAAGAAUAGCCAUGCAUAAUUAUGACAUCACAGAGACUCAAAACUCACUAGACAAUGAGGUGAAUGAUUUGUUGUGCCACUCAGGACUUUAAAAUUAUUAUUUUUUUAUCGUGUUUGAUUAAGUGCUACCAAGAGAAAAAUAGGUUUUUUUUAAAUAAUUGAUGCUUCUGGCCUGCUAUGCAUCAGACUGCAUUCUCAUACUAAGCUUCAUGAUGUCUGAUUCUGCUUUUUCUCCUCACUGUGCUCUUACUGGAUUUUAAAUAUGCUACCAGUUGAAGUAUUCUGGUUUUACUCACUUGACCUCUGUACAUAUUUCAAUUCAGCUUGGGAAGAUAAAGGUCAUAAUGGUAAAGGUCCAGUUUUCCACCAGACUAUAAGAGGACGUUGACUGCUGUUUUGUACUCGUCAUAAAAAUGCAACUGUUUCUACAUGACAAAUUUGACGAGGACUCAAUCAUUGUUCAUAUCAUGGGGGAUUUUUACAUAUGUGCUGUAAUAUUGCCAAUAAAAUAUUAAGGUCAUAAGGUUUUCAAGGUCAUAUGAGGUAUUUAGGUCACAUUAAAAUAACACAAACAUUGAGGCAAUUAUUCUGGCUUUAAUAUCUUAAAUGGUAAGUUCACUGGUGCAAAAACCAUCAGCACUGGUCUACAGAGAUGUGAGGAAAGUGUGAUGUCAAAUAAGUCACCAAAUUUUUUUACAAGUGCAUGAACACGAUUGGCAAACAACACCAAGAGAAUGAUGCAAGCCUGAAUACUUGACCCAUAAUGUUUGUGUGUUAUUUUAAUACGACCUGAUCUAUAUGAUAAAACAUUUCUAUCCUGAUAGAAGUGAUUUAAAGAUGACAGUGCAUGAGGUGUCACUGAAUGUUUGACAAAUAUGACAAUUAUGUAAAUCCAAUGUUACGGCAUUUGCAGUCACCAUUUGUACCAAUUUGUACCUUUAUCAAUCCCAAAUGAA